AUGUUCACCAACAGGCAAAAUAAGAAACGGCCGAAUCAGGACCUCAUCAACAAUUUCCAAGAGACCUAUCCCGAUGUGCGACCGAGCCUCGACACCGAAUCCUCUACUGGCCGAGAGGUCCGCGUCACGCCAUCCCUAGACGACCCUUCCCUUCCUCCCACGUCGAUGAGAAAACAAAACGACCACGAUGCUUUGAAUGCGACGAGCACAGUCUCUCAUAAUCCCGCUGGAAACUUGCCCACCCCGUCCAGCGGUAUGAACUUGCUCUUCGACGAGACGCUGUUCGACCAAUUCACCAAUACUUCCCCGGGCGCACCAGCCUUCGACGCGUACAACGACGCAUUCGGAGGGCAAUAUCCAUCGCAUAUACCCCAAAACCCGGAUCCUUAUCUCAAGGACGAAUCUUUUUCGCCCGAAGGCUUUAGAUUCCCUGGCGAGGAAGAUGGUAACACUACUUCUUUGGGAGAAGUAAACAAGCAAGACGACCACGCCCUUCACACAGCCAGGAGGGUCUCGGAUUCGACCGAAGUUUUAGCAGUCGAUGAAAGGGAAAAGUUCCGAUAUUGCGUGACGCUGCACGCGCCAACGGCUAUGAUCAAAAAUCAAAAAGACAUUCCGGUUACAUACCUCAACAAAGGUCAAACUUAUGUACUCUCCGUGGCCGAUUCGGUCCCACCGCCGGUGGGUAGUUAUCCUGCCAGGUAUCGCACGUCAGUCCGCAUAGUCUUCGACGAAGCAGCGCAAAAGAUCGACCCCUCGGCCUGCUGGCAGCUCUGGAAGCAGGUCCGUGGAUCAAAGGACGCCCAAGAGCGAGGCGGUGAUGUACAGGCAGUUGACUGCCUCGAUCCGGCAGAAGGGGAGGCGGGUCAACCACGGAAUCAAAUCCAGCUGGAGAGUAUGUCAAUUGAUGGAUUUUGUUGUACGUGGACGGCAGACAUCCAAACAGGUGUGCGGGAAUGUAAUAUCGGCGUCCGCUUCAACUUCCUCUCAACCGAUUUCACCCACUCCAAGGGCGUCAAAGGCUCCUCGGUCCGACUAUGCGCCAAGACCGAGAUGAUAGCCUUAGAUGUUGACGACGCAGGCGUCGACAACGUCUCCGAAAUGUGUUACUGCAAAGUUAAACUGUUUCGCGAUCACGGCGCUGAGCGGAAGCUCCACAGUGAUAUCUCGCAAACCGAGAAGUCCAUCAAAAAGCUCCAGAGGGAGACCGCGAUGUCUGAAACCGGAGAGGAUGAUCAACUCGGAAAGCGGAAACGGGGAAGCAUCUCGAGCUUCGCCAAGAGCGCUGCAAAUCACGCCAUGACAGAGGGGGAGCACCGGCGGGCGCAAAUAUAUCGCAAUACGGAGUUGCACAUACUCGGUGACUCACUCACGUCCAACCUGCCAAUGACUGUCUUUGCCCAACGAGCUGAGCCGACGGACGAUCCGGAUCAGUUUCCAGUCCGACUGCCCGGCGCGUCACAGAGCCCCGAGAAAUCCGAGGGUAGUCCCCAGAAUUCGGACAGCACGACACCUUCCAAUGCAAAUUCGACAAAUCCCAGUUCACCUGCUACCACCAUUACCGAGCCAUCGAGGGUAUCCUCCAGUGCUGCUCCAGAACAGGAAUCUCCAAACACCUUCAAGGUACCGCCACUUCCCGCCAAACUGUCCAAACGCUCUGAACCACCCCAUUCAGGAUCAGCGGUUUGCUUUUAUAUACGCUUUCAUCACGACUGGAAGAGGCAGGACCAUUACCACCGGGCUGUGUAUUUGAAGGAACGAACCGUUCGCGAUUUGAAGGUGCAGAUCUGUCGGAAGCAGAGCAUGAACCCGGACUCUGUAAGCCGUAUGCUUCAUGUCAACCCGGGCGGUUUGAAAAUCAUCGUAGACGAUGAUGUAGUUCAACAGCUUCCCGAUGGUCAAGACAUGAUGGUCGAGUUUUCACGGGCUUCGAAACCUAGCACGUCCGGCAUAUCUGAGAUUGAGAUUAUUUUAAGCUUUUGAACUCUCGGCCCAGGUCUUGACCUAGACUUUCGUUUGCCCUCCUACACCCAGCCGCACGACCUCCUUCACACACACUCUCUCCUAUCCGAACGAGUCAUGAUAGUUAAUAUAGCCUCGGAGAAAUGAUCAAUUUCAGGAUAACGCGAAGCCAAACCUGUUGUCAUGAUUGCUGAGUAUGAUCGUUAUAGAUUUUUCGAGUUUUGUGUGCGAUCAACCCUGAGCCCUUCCACCACAAUGCCCGAAUCGCCCACUCAAGCGUCUAGAUACUCGUUCAGACGACACGAUAUUAGCUUUGACCAGCCAGAGAACGAACCCCUCCGUGAACCCACGCCCCCUUUUAAAUACCGAUCCCAGCCCAACAUAAACGGACCGAUACGUAUCAGUAACCGGAAAGUAGGUCUAUAAAUCCGGAUUGCG